GUUCAUGAUAACACAAAUCAAGAUAACACCAAGACCCUGAACCAGCCUCGGGCGAAUCAACACCCACCUAUUUAUCCUCUACUCCUAUGAUUAACCAUAUAAACCAUCGCAACACCAAUCGCGGCCCUCAACCCACCACUCCUUGUACUCUGCAAACACCCAAUUGACUGUUCCACAAGUCAAGGAGCGGUGGAGGAACUCGCCCUCGGCCGGUGGGUUGCCUUUGUCUCGCCCGAUGGACAGAUCACGGCCGUCGCCAUCGUCAACGAGGCCGAAUCCCAACGGCGCAGCCCACGGCUACGGCCGCGACUCCAGCACUCUCGACAGUAAUAAGCCCGAGCGGCCAGCGGCGUCCACCGUCUCCGUAUCCCUGCUUCAGCCGCGAGUUGCUGUCCUCCUCGGCCUCCCGAAGCGCUGGUACCGCACGCUUUCCAUAUGUCGUCUGCUAUGUCUUGUGCCGUGCUUUUGGUGGGGGGUGCGCCUUGCCCUCCGCUUUCUCGUCACACAGGUCCUGCGACAUUUACACAGCAAUGAGCCCGAGAUUGAGGUUCCAUUGAUGCUUACCGAGACAUUGCUCGCGGGGCUCUGGUGUCUCGCUUCCGCAACACUGGCUUUCUACUUCACAGAUUGCUUGAUGUCCCGAUGGCUGAUCAACUACACUCCACAAGCGACAGUGGUUCGACUAUUAACCAUCAGCUGCGUAUUCGCAUACCUAACUUCGUGGAUCGUAUAUGUAACAGGCGGUUCCAACGACCCCCGCCUGCUCCUACCCGCCUGGAUCGGCAUCGCCACUAUACUGACGGCAUGCUACCACUUCACGCAGCGCAAAGUACCAAUUCGUAAAGAGACUUUUGCUAGUAUAAGCGUCUUUUCAAUCACCAGCUUUAUAUCCAUGGUUGCUCUCUUGCUAGAUAUCAACGCCACCCGACCUUUUCCCGAUACAGAUAUUCCUCUCGUGUCCAUCGCGAAGACAUUCGCCGAGAUUGCUGGGCGACUCGUUGUCAAAAUCUUAGGCGUGAAUAAAGUUGGCACUGGGAGAUGAGACACAGGACAUAAUGGUGGUCUUUUGGUGUACUCCAGAUAUGAUUUUUCUUUUUUGCCCCCCUUUCAAUAUUGGCCGUUGGUGUUACUGCGGAUACCCCUAGGGUGAUUUACAUUUUCUGAGAUCAUAGCGAAGGGCGUUCGGCUGCGAAGGUAUUGAGGUUCACAGACACAUUCACUUUGGUUUGGGCGGGUUUGCUUUGUUUCUUGGCAUAUUCUCAUUUAGACAUCUGAAGACGUGGGAACAGCGGUGGUUCUACAUAUAUCAUUGGAGUCUAGUCGGUUGCUAUUGUAGGUUCUGAGGCUUCUCAGUUACUCGUAUGGGGCGAUUCGAGUGGUAGCCACAGUUUGUAGUAGAGGUGAUCUUGCUACCUUUGGCUUCCGGGAUAACGUCAGUAUGUAUAAUCUGUACAGCAAUUGUACUUAUGAGUUACCUACGCUCAGUCAAUACUGCGAUAAUGGUUUUUAAAAUGAAGAACUUACCUAUACAGCUUCUGAUAUAAGUGACUAGGCUGCUACUCCCAUCGCUUACUGAGCUACUACAUCAAUAUCACUCCAAUUCCCUUUAAUAUCCAAGUGUGAACAAGAAUAUCAUCAGAAUUCCCAUCACCUCCAAC